AUGAGGCCCAUUACGGUUUCCCCUCUAAUGGGUGACCUACCUGCGGAACGGGUCACACCCUCGCGACCGUUUUACACCUGCGGUGUGGACUACGCAGGCCCGUACUUAAUAAAGGACAGAACUAGAACAAGGACGACUACAAAGGGCUAUAUGUGCCUGUUUGUUUGUUUCGCCACAAAGGCGGUUCAUAUCGAAUUGGCAAUAGACCUCUCAACAAACGCCUUUUUAAAUUGCUUAAUGCGAUUUAUUAGUCGUCGAGGUCUAUGCCAGGACAUUUAUUCGGAUAACGGUACUAAUUUUAUUGGGGCACGGAACGAACUACGCGAACUGACUAACGUAUUUAAGAAUGAGGUUCAGAAUCAGCAAAUACAGGACUUUCUGUCAGGCAGAAAUAUACAAUGGCACUUGAUCCCUCCUCGCGCGCCACACUUUGGGGGGUUGUGGGAAGGCGCUAUAAAAUCAGCAAAAUACCAUGUAAAAAGGGUCAUUGGUGAGACCAUUCUCACGUACGAGGAAUUGUACACCAUGCUCACACAGGUGGAAGCAAUCUUUAAUUCCCGCCCUCUCUCUCCUCUCUCUACUGAUCCUACGGAUCUGGACCCGUUGACCCCCGGACAUUUCCUGAUUGGCGAGGCGCUCACGGCACACCCCAAACCCGAUGUGCGUGAUAUUCAAUCAAACAGACUGUGCAGGUUCCAACUUAUACAGCAGCGGGUGCAGCACUUCUGGCAACGGUGGCAAUCUGAAUACCUGCACCAGCUACAACAGCGGAACAAGUGGCGGACCUCUACCCCAGGUAGAUUUGGGCCUGGCACACUGGACAACCUACCUCCUUUACGAUGGCGACUUGGACGGAUCGAGGACAUUCACCCAGGACAGGACAAGGUCACUAGGGUAGUGACCGUACGAACAGCUGAUGGCCUAGUAAAAAGGCCAGUGACCAAGGUAUGCCUGCUACCUGUGGACCACGAGUCGGUGCCGACUACAGGGGCAAAGACACCAGAUGGACGGACUGCACUUUAG